AUGCCUGUGGAGGAGUUCGUGGCUGGCUGGAUCUCUGGUGGUCUGGGCCUGGUCCUGGGGCACCCCUUCGACACGGUAAAGGUGCGUCUGCAGACACAGACCACGUACCGGGGCAUUGUGGACUGUGCCAUCAAGAUCCUCCGCCAUGAGUCGGUCCUGGGUUUCUUCAAAGGCAUGAGCUUCCCCCUGGCCAGCGUGGCCCUGGUCAACUCCGUCCUGUUUGGUGUCUACAGCAACACGCUGCUGGCACUCACAGCCACAUCUCACCAGCAGCGGCGAGCCCAGCCACCCAGCUACACGCACAUCUUCAUUGCAGGCUGCACAGGGGGUGUCCUGCAGGCCUACUGCCUGGCCCCGUUUGACCUCAUCAAAGUCCGCCUCCAAAACCAGACCGAGCCGAGGGCCAAGCCUGGGAGUCCCGCACCCCGGUACCGCGGGCCAGUGCACUGUGCAGUCACCGUGUUCCGGGAGGAAGGGCCGCGCGGGCUGCUCCGAGGCUCCUGGGCCCUGGCACUGCGUGACACGCCCACCCUGGGCAUGUACUUUGUCACCUAUGAGUGGAUCUGCCGCCGGUACACGCCAGAGGGCCUGAACCCCAGCUCGUCCACCGUGCUGGUGGCCGGGGGCUUCGCGGGCCUGGCCUCGUGGGUGACGGCCACGCCUUUCGACGUGAUCAAGGCCCGGAUGCAGAUGGACGGACUGCAGCAGCGGGCCUACCGGGGCUUCCUGGACUGCGCCGUGGUCAGCUUCCGGCAGGAGGGCCUGGGCGUCUUCUUCCGCGGGCUCACCCUCAACACCGCCCGCGCCUUCCCGGUCAACGCUGUCACUUUCCUCAGCUAUGAGUACCUCCUGCGCUGGUGGCGAUGA